CUCUUGUUAGGCUCAUCAUCAAAACAAACUCUCGCGUCUCUCGCUUUCUCUCCAUAGUUUGACUUAUUCCUUCUCACUACCUAAACCAGCCAUGGACGCCAGGCCAUCCAGAAGGGCCAUGGCUCAUGCUGCUGGCAUCUUCGCAGACAUGUCUGUCGACGGUCCUGCUAUUGGGACACUAGUGAUUAUUGUUGAUCGCGCCAAAAACCUGCCUAAUCGGAAGACGAUGGGCAAGCAAAACCCCUAUUGUGCCGCUCGUUUGGGCAAAGAAGCCAAGAAGACAGAGACGGAUCUUCGCGGUGGCCAAACUCCCCGAUGGGAUCAGGAGCUUCGCUUCACCGUUCACGAGUCCCCGGACUACUUUAAGCUCAAGGUCUCCGUUUUCAACGACGACAAGAAGACCGAUUUGAUCGGCGAAACCUGGAUCGAUCUCAAAGAUUUGAUCAUCCCUGGUGGAAGCCAGAACGACCACUGGCACCCUCUGCAGCAUCGUGGAAAGUACGCAGGGGAAGUGCGUCUUGAGAUGACUUAUUAUGACACACGGCCUGAGGAUGAGGCUGUCAUCGAACGCCGAACCAUGGGGACUGAAAAGGUUCACACUAGGAAGAGUGUGCCCUCAGCACCACCCAUCACUCUCACUGCGGCUUCGUCCUCUUCCUCGUCCGCUCUUUCGGGGCCUAGACAGUUGAAGGAUGUCAAGAGACGCCCCCUGCCCAGUGAUCCAACUAGAGCACGCCCUUCUCAGCCUGAGAAAGUGCCAUCAGCUCCAAUACCACAUGCUCCUGUUCGACCAGCAUAUCAUGAGCCCGCCCAGUCGGCGCCCGCCAUGGCGAGCCAUGAACGGCCAACGCACCUUCACGGUCACCCCGAAUGGGUAUAUGAAGAAACCCCUCGACCAACAUACUACGAGCCCCCUCACCUUCACAGUCAUCAAGAAUGGACCGAUGACGGCCCACUCAACCAAAUGCCCCAGAGGGAGAAGAACAACUAUCCAUUCUCUUCUUGUGAACAAUAUGUGAGCAAUAUGCCGCAUACUCAGCCUAGCCCCUAUGGGAGUCAAACGUCUUCGAGCACGACGAGCACCUCGGAUGGUGGAAGUACGGUCUAUCCCUGCUCUCACCACAGUCUUUACUCGAGCGAGCCAAGCACGGUAUAUCCUUAUCCACACAACUACUCUGACAGCGGCUCUUAUGUCAGCGGCAGCGAGUCCAUCGAUAGUGGCCCGUCGAUGGUGUAUUGCUCCAAGUCGAUCAGCGAAGGGGGGCGUCCAAUCCCUGAUCUUGUGUGGGCAAGAUUGCAGCCUCGGGUUGAGGAUGAAAAUGACGAGAACAAUCUCCCACCGCCACCACCGGCCCAUCGAGUUGCUUUGGUCCACGUCCGGAACAUGAGGCCUCCCUCACUCGUCUCCACCGAAUCUGCAUCAUCUGGACACUAUCCUGUGUCUGAUGGCCUUCCUUCUAAUUACACCUCGGUCACAACUGCAGUUGACAGCAGCAUGCCGAGUGUGCGUUCUUCCUUAAGUGGACCCUCAGUGCCACCCAGUCUUGUUGCUGGCCUCGACCCAGUCAUUGCCGACGCAGAGUCGGAUCGUGUCACUUAUGAAAGGGAAGCACGACGCAGAAGUGGCAUCAUAGAAGAAAAUGCGUUGAGGAAGCCCCCACGUGAAUCUUCACCGAGCCCUCCUUACCCCGUGGAUCCGUCCUUGGAUAGUCACAGCUCUAUUGUGACUCGAUCGUCUGUCAGCUCCAACUCUGAUAGACAAUUGGUCCCCCGUCGCAAAUCUGUCAGCCCUCGACCUCCAAGUAUGAGGGAGCGCGGGGUGUCUCCCACUCCUUUCUCACCAGAUUCCUACGAUGCUUUGAACCCCAACGCAUCCAUGGGCCCAAUAAUUGGAGACGAUGGUCGUGAAAUUGACCCGUCUGAUCACCUUCCUACGGACACCUGGGCGCCUGAGCCCGAACGCAAGACGAAGAAGCCUGGCGUCGUCGUGCGCUUUCGCAACCCUGCUCAUCGGGCUAACCCCCUCGCACGACCAGCUACCGAUGGCACCUUUGAACGUGCUGUUCAUCGGGCCAACCCCCUCGCACGACCAACUACCGAUGGCACCGUCGAACGUGGAUUUGGCAUUCGACGUCCGCCGGCAUACACGGAUGGAGCCCCCAACAUGGGUCCACCUAUUCCUUCGAAGGUCCCUAUCGCACAGGCGAUGAACCAGAGCUACCCUGUCCUUGGCGGCAGUAUGGGCAUGGACGCCCUUAGUCGAGAAUUAAACACUAUCGAUAUCGGAUCUGUGGGUUGCAGCGGCGGCGGCCGCAGCUUGAAGAAGUACGCACCCAAGACUAUGGGUUAUGCAGUUUAGAUAGAUCUUUUCUUAUUACAACUUGUUGAUGUUAGUUAGUUGGUGAGUCAGUUUGUUACUUAGUUAGUCUCUUAGCUAGCUACCUGCGGGAUACAUCAUUGGGGCAUGUGUUUUAUGGGAUUCGGCUUGGGAACCGGGAACUGGGGACUCUGGAUUUUGGAGUUAAGAGUUGUUUAUCCUUUCUUUGUUUAGCAUAGAUUCAUCUUUCCAAUCAAGGAAAUAGAUUUGAUAC